UCUGGUAACAGCUGCAUGGUUGUGGCUACGGCUCUCUGAAGGCAUUAACUUACACGCUGGUCCGCUAUUCGUCUCAUAGCUGCACUAGCGUGAACGUCGCCAGCACCGGAAUCAGAAUAUCAACAAAGCGCGUGGAAGAAUCAUUUUUAUUAGUUUUCCUCGGAGUAUUUAGGACGUUCAAUGUUUAAUGUAGUAAAUACUGAGUCUGAGCGUUAGCUAACAUGCUAACAAUUUGAUUUUACUCUUCACGUGUUACGCUUUGUUAGCGUGUCCAUUGUAAACUGAACUCCAUGGGCACGAACGUUCGGAGGUCGAAGACGCAAUGUCAAUAAAAUUAGGAAGUUUGCUGCACUAGUAAUGUACCAGACAGCAUAGUGCGAUUCCAUGUGGUUUGGUUAACCAGACGUUUGUGAUUCACUUGCAGUCCUAGGCACUGCUUCGCAAUAUUUAAGAAUAGUGCAACGAUAUAAUUUGGACGAAGCUGACCGUGAGCUACAAUGUAAAAAUUGUUGCCGUGUGGGAUGGACCUAUAUUAAGCAAAAAAAGGCGGAACAUGACCCAGUAGAGCCGUAUACCAGUGUAAAUGUCGGAGCUGGGGCAGAAGAAUGACGGAGGGACUUUGGAGAAGACGAACACGGCCGGCAGGAUGAAGGAGGAGAGCCUGUUCCGCCGACGGUUCUCGCUCUGCCCGACAGCAUCCACCCCGCACAAGAUCGACCCGCGCACGCUGACCCGCAAUCUGUCCUACGGAGGAGACAACGACAUCUACCCCCUCAGCCCUGCCAGUGACAUGGAGCGAGAUGGAUUGGUUAUACCUAGGGAUGAUCUGAGCCCCGCUCAGUCUCCAACCAGUAUGAUGGAACAGAGGGUGUUUAACGGCCAUGAGAAGGAGUGUUCCUCCCCCACAGAGAAACUCGCCCGGAAAGAGUCUCUCAAACUCCAAAAGAAGAAUUACAGACAGGAGAAAAAGAGGGCAGCCAAAGAGCUCUUUAGUGCUCUUAAGGAUCCCAGUGUAAUCCUCAUGUCAAACUGGCUGAAGAUCCGUGGCACUUUAAAGGGCUGGACCAGGAUGUGGUGUGUGCUGAAACCUGGGGUUCUUCUGAUCUAUAAGACCCCUAAAGUGGAGCCCUGGGUGGGCACUGUCCUGCUCAAUGCCUGCAGGCUCAUCGAGAGGCCCUCCAAGAAGGACGGCUUCUGCUUCAAGCUCUACCACCCACUGGACAAGUCCAUCUGGGCUGUGAAGGGCCCUAAAGGGGAGAAUGUGGGCUCCUUCACACAGCCCCUGCCCAGUAACUACCUGAUCUUCAGAGCUGUGUCUGAGUCUGAUGGGCGCUGCUGGAUGGAUGCUCUGGAGCUGGCCCUCAGCUGUUCCAGCCUAUGCAGACUGAGCAGCAAGUCUGGCUGCGACGCUGACCUCAGCUGCGCAUCAGAGUCUGCACACAUCCUCUCUCUGCUGCAGGCCAAUCCCCUCUCCGACAACCAGCUCUUCCAGUUGAAUGAGUCCAUGUUGGAAAACAGAACCAUGGAGACGGAUGGCUACUCUGACAAAUCGGAAAGGGAGGCUCAAGAGGAGUCUGACAAUGGGGCCAAUGAGAAUGGAGGGCGGCUAACUGAGGAGAGUGAUGUGGACCAAUCAGAUGAACUUUCUCCAGCUCCCCAGGCCACUGCCUAUGUUGAGCAAACCCAGGAGGAGAUGGGCGAGGCAGGUGAGGCGUCCCAGGUGGAGACCGUUUCUGAGGAGAAUAAGGGUCUGAUUUGGACGCUGCUGAAGCAGGUCCGCCCUGGCAUGGACCUGUCCAAGGUGGUGCUACCCACCUUCAUCCUCGAGCCACGCUCCUUCCUGGACAAGCUCUCUGACUACUACUACCACGCCGAUCUCCUCUCGCAAGCAGCGGCUGAAGAGAGCCCCUACUGUCGGAUGAAGCAGGUUCUGAGGUGGUACCUGUCUGGCUUUUACAAGAAACCCAAGGGUCUGAAGAAGCCUUAUAAUCCAAUCCUGGGGGAGGUAUUUAGAUGCUGCUGGCUCCACCCCCAGACUGAUAGCGCUACCUUUUAUAUAGCAGAACAGGUGUCCCACCACCCUCCGAUCUCUGCUUUUUAUGUGUGCAACAGGAAGGAUGGCUUCUGCAUUAACGGCAGCAUUCUGGCCAAAUCCAAGUUCUACGGUAACUCUCUAUCGGCGAUCCUGGACGGAAAGGCCAGGCUGGUGUUCCUCUCACGAGAGGAGGAGUACGUCAUUUCCAUGCCUUACGCGCACUGCAAAGGAAUUUUAUACGGCACAAUGACCUUGGAACUGGGAGGAAAGAUCACCAUUGAAUGUGAAAAGACAAAAUACUUUGCAGAACUGGAAUUUAAACUGAAGCCGUUCCUGGGAAGUUCCUGCAGUGUGAACCUGAUCACAGGGAAGAUUCGCUCAGGGGAGGAACUGCUGGCCACUGUGGACGGACACUGGGAUGGGGAGGUCUCACUGCACGAGAAGAAGACCGGCCACCAGGAGGUGCUGUGGAGCCCCACCCCGGAGGUGCGCCAGCAGCGGCUGAAGAGGCAGGUUGUGCAGGCUGAUGAGCAGUGGGAGUUUGAGUCUGAGAGGCUGUGGCAGCACGUGACCAGCGCCAUCUCGAGCCGGGACCAGGAGCGCGCCACGCAGGAGAAGUUCGUCCUGGAGGAGGCCCAGAGGCAGGAAGCCCGCGAGCGAGGGGACAGGGCGUGGUCGGCCCGCCUCUUCACCCUGGACCCCGCCUCCAACCAGUGGCGCUACAAACACGCCGACACCAGGCCCUGGGAUCCUGACACCAGCCUGGCGGAGUUUGAGAAGGAUGGGGUGAUCCAAACCAGGGAGCGGAAUCUGCACCGGCUCAGCAGCCACUGCUACACCCAGAGCUGGGCUGUGAAGCAGGCGGCGCAGGGCAGACACAGGAAGUGGAGCAGCCAGCCGUCCAGCUGCAGCCAGAACACGGAGAGCAGCAGCACCACCCCGGAGCCCGCGCACGAGUCCUCCGACAACGAAGGGUUCCUGACCCAGUGCGGCAGGUGUAACAGGGAGGUGACGGACAUCGCCGAACUCGUGGCUUCCGUGGCGUCCAUACAGAAGACGCAACAGGACAUCCGCAGGAACCUGUGUGCCCUGAGCCAGCAGAUGUUCCGGCGCAGAGACGCAGAGGAGAGCAUCCUGAGCAACAGUCACUGGAUGAUCCUGCUCUUCCUGCUGCUGCUGCAGCUGCUCAUCAACUACAUCUUCUCAUGAGGAGCACAGACCCACAGCCAUUACUCCUCCUUUCCACUAGGAGGGCACCAAGCACUUUGCAGGAGGACGUGCGAUGAGGACAAUGCCUUUUAGCAGAAAAAGAACAAAUAUAAAUAUAACAAUGUAUUUUUUAUUUGAUUAUUUUUUAAUUCCUUCACUUCUAUGAUGGAUGUACAUUUUUACAGUCCUAGCAAUACUGUUUUUCUGUCUGUUCCUGUGCGUCCCAGCCCCCAAAGGGCAAUCUCUACCCCUCCCCCUCCACUCAGAACUUUGGGCCUUAAUGCUAAAGCCAAAAAAAAAAAAAUGAAGAAAACAUCAUAUACAGAACUGAACUACAUUUAUGUUGUGUAAUUCUGCAUUUUUAUAUGAAAAAAGAAAAUGUUUGUAUCAAGGCAGAACUUGCCUUUUUAAUAAUGAUAGCUUACCAAUCUAGUAUUUAUAAUCUUUCAAAAAAAAAAAAAAAAAAGAGUACAUGUUUACAAGUCUUCAAUGUACAGCGGAGCGUAUCUGGAGAAGCGGGUUUGUCUGACAGAAGCAGGAUCACGUCUUUUAGGAUGCUAGGAAUAGAAGGGUUAGAAGCGCAUCACAGAUGAGUUGCUGGGUUGUUCUGGUGGAACCGUGGCAUAGUUCGACAGACAAUUAUAGAAGAGCCUGAGACGGACAGAGGUUUGCUCACCAUCAUAAUGAAAAAGGCCAUUGUAUGAAUGUAUGAAUGAGGAGCAGUAAAUGUCAAACUGGUUUUCUAGUGUGACUGAGGGGGAUCCCCUGAAUCCACAGGAAAAAGAUGUGCUCUUGAGUAGAGCAGUUCUGUGGCAAGCACAAAGGCAUUAUGACUGUCCAAGCUGCUGUUAGAUAAACUUUAGCCAUGCCAGGAAAUCAGAUUUAAUUCUGGUCCGGUGUGGUUUGCAGUUGCAGCAUUGCUCCAAAUUGAUUAAAUUGAUCAAAUGGCACCAUACACAAGAACAUUACACUAUGGAUAAACUAUUGACCACAUAAAUGUAUUCAUAUACAUUUUCAGUGUAUUUGACAAGAUUUCCCGAUUGUAAUGUUUCUAAAUAUUUAUUUUAUUGUAUGUUUGGUUUAAGAUGCACUCUGUUGUAUAUUGUAUAAUCAUCUGUGUUUUUUAGAAGAAAAAAAAAAAUCUUCAGCAUCAGGUUUCUUGUUACACCUGACCAGGAUAACCCAUGGGUUUAUAUUUUUUCACAUUUUCUGGGACAGUUAUUUCAAAGUUUUCAACAAAGUUUUGUUGUAAAUGGCCACACAAACUCCAGCAAUGAAUCACAAUGGAUUUGCAUCGCACUGCAUCUGAAGGAAGGCCUUAAUGCCUAGUCACUGGUCUGUACAUAUACAAGUUGUGUAUGAUGUGUUUCUGCAUUAAAUCUAGAAAGGGAUUGUGUACAA